CAUCAUGUGACCAGACAGUUACGACCUGCGUUUGUCAUUUCCUCUUAUGGUAUAGAGCUGCAGAGUAGGCUCACACACACACACACACACACACACACACACACACACACACACACACACACACACACACACACACACACACACACACACACACACACACACACACACACAAAAGCCAAAGGCCACGUUGUUGCUAUAGAAACAAAAAUCUAAAUAGUGUUGAGUUGCGGCUUAUUUCAAUAUGUCUGUGUCUACAUAACAUCGAUUCAUGUAGUACAGAACACAUAUAUCAAUGUAUAUGUCCAAUACAUAAUAUAUAAAAGAUCAUUACUUUAUUCAUGCUAAUAUAAAAAUACAAUCACAAAUAAAUAUAUAUCACUGGAUGUACUUAGUGUCUGCUUAUUUCUGAUAUGCUGGUGUCAUGUAACUGUCACCUUUAUAAAUAAGACUGUUACAAAUAUAGUUAUAGCUCAAACUAGAGUGUGAGCACUACAUAAACAACUCCCAACGUGCUAACUUUAUGUGAUCCAGGAGAAUGUUUUAAAUGGACUAUGUGUAAGAGAAUCAGAAAUGACUUCUUAUUACUGAUCCCUUUGGCCGGUAGGUGAACUGCAGCCUGCUGCAAGCAGUGAGAUCUCCGUGGGUUGAGACAAUGACAAUCAUAAACUAAUUUGAGCUAUGAUCAUUAAUUAGCAUCAGCUAUAAACAGACAAUGGGAGUGGCAUGGGUGGAUUUAAUGCACAUUAAAUGUACAAAUUAAAGUUCUGAAAGAACCGCAUUUUUGCCGUUAUCCAGGCUUGGACAUGUCACUUUUUGCCAGCCGUCCGGGGUCCAAUGUGAUAGAAAUCCACCCACAGGCUGUUCUGAGCAACGGGGAGAAACGGUGAAGGGCUCACUUUUAAAGUUAACUCACAACCGGUGCAUAUACUGCCAAUUUAAAGCGAGUUUAGCUUCGGAAAAAUCCUACACAUAGUCCCCACUUUAAACCUCUAAAGUAUAAGGAGGAAGUUCUUGACGGCAUCCGCGUGGGAGCAGAGCUGAUGUUGACUCCCGUAUGAAGGGGUCUAUUUGGAGCUGUGCUUGUUCCAGGAAGCAGAGCUGUUUGGGUUAUGCACAGAGCAGCGCUUCAAGGCUCCUGGCUGCUGGAGUCCCUGGCGCGGUGCCACCUGUGUUGAUUGUGUUUACGAAGCCUGAAGAAAGAGUGAAAGUGCAGAAAUACACCGUUCAGCGCCGUAGCGCACAGGCGUUUGCAUAGGCCAGCCACACACGCACCCACACACGUACAUUCACACACAUGCAUGCAUAUAUUGAAUGUUCACACAUGCAUGGACACACACAUACAUUCACACACACCGUAAGCACCCACACAUGCACCCACACGCAUACAUUCACACACAUGCAUACAUGUGUGCACAGUCACACAUGGAUACAUAUCUACACAUUCAUACAUGCAUCGACACUCACACACAUACAAGCAGACCCAAAUAUACGGAAAAAACAACUGACCACUGCUUAUCCUUCAUGCACACGUGGUACAGCCAAAAUAAACAGACAUGCGAGUUAUGGCAGUGGGUCAGGAUACCUGCGUUGUGAUUGGCUGUGGUGGAAACAAGCCCCGUGCCAAAGGGAUGGAACUACAGCAUGUCAUGCAGCACCCAAAAGCUGUCAGCGCACACAUGCACUUCCACAACCACAAAUGCACACAUAUUUAAGUACACUAAUAAUAACUAAUAUAAAAUGUGUUUUUGCUUCCUUAACCAAAACCAAAACCUAAACGAAUCCAAACGAUAAAAAACCAAAAUAAUGAAAAUCGUCCUUGAGAACACAAACAACUUUUAAUAUCUGCUCUCCCCAAAUCACUAUGGCUGCACAAACUAUACUUUUACAAACUAGAGAACCAGGUGUCUCGGGGCUUCUUGUCUGUAAUUUGAGGGGCUCCCUGCUAGACUGGGCGAGGUAUAAAUGUCAGGAUUGUUUGUUCAAUAGAAUGGAACAUAUGCGUUACUUGAGGCGUAUCAACAUCGUAAACAGUAACAUAUACGCUUACUGGCAAGAUUUGCGGAAUAACAAUGGCACCUAUCCAAGGCCUUAUAUGGCAAGAGAACACAGAAAUAACACAUUAAUAAAAAGAUUAAUUACAUUUCAUUAAAUGACGUUUAUUAAGCAGAUGCUUUUGUCCAGAGCGACUUCCAAAGAAGAUUGACUACUGGAGAAUGCCCAACUUCCAAAGAAUCAUUUGAGGACAUAAAAACGAAUAAAAUAGGCAAAGCAAGUGGUUUUAAGUGCUACAAUAUAGAAACUCGAGAUAGAGACUGUGUUUUUAUUAUAAUUGUCAAUCAAUUCAAUAAAUCCAUUGUAUUUUUCUUUUCUUUUUAGUAUUCUUUUUCUUAUGGAUAAAUAAAACAACAAAUCGAAACAAAUAUAUCAACUCAUUAAUCGAUCGAUCCACCGAGAUUCUACCUAACACCACAUAAAAAAAAGAAGAAGAAUACAUUCAUAUAUUCAUAAAUUCAUGUUUCCUUUUGUUUGUUUUUUAACUUUAAAUGGUGAUUUAUCAGAUUUACACAGCCUCUAAUUUAGACUAACCCUGCAAACAGUAUCGAAGGCUAUCCUGUGUAAUCCUGCAUGAAUUACUCGAUUUUGCUUCCUUCCUUCCCCCCUAAUUUGACCAGUUGCAAGAACAUAUUGGUUCUUUGAAGGACCAACCACAGCUCUAAGCUACAGGCAUCCACAACUUCAUCAGAACAGUUGAGCCUCAGAUCCAAGUUGUAAACAGCUUGCUUUGAAUCCCGAUGGUCUUUCAAUGGACCUUCUUGUGAAAUUAUUAUUUUUGUGCAGAUUGGUCAAUUAACGUCAGCCAGGUGCAUUGCAAGAUACACAACAUGAGUUGUUGAAUGUAUUAGGGGAUAAUUUAUGAUGUGUGAAUUAGGUAAUUAUAAAUUAACAUGUGUUAGUGUUGAAUACAGAUCAGAGGUAGUGCGUUGGAGUGGAGGCGAAAGAUACAUGGGGAGCGACUGAUGAGGUAGUGAAGGAGAGAAGUAUGAUGAUGAGAGAAAGAGGGAGACAGACAGAGAUGGAGUGAGUGAGAAAACUUUGAGGAAAAUUGAAAGAGAAACUAUUAAUAUAAUAAUUACAUAUGAGGUCUCAUGUAGAUGGCAGCGUUAAGACAGAGGUAUGGUUGUGAUCCCUGGAGCUAUGUUGGUAUGGUAUGUUUACUACUGUAUGUGCAUUCUCUUGAAUGUUAUGGCUAUUUAUGAACAGUGUAUUGUGUAACAAUGUUUUCAACCCCCAUCUCUGCUUAACGGUUUGAUUAUGACCAUUACGGACACAGAAAAACAUAGUUCUUAGUUAUUUUCCAUGUGUCAUUGUUGACACAAUGUUUGCGCAAAGAAAUUAUAAAUGUAUGAAAGAAAUCAUUUAUUUGUUAGGUUGUUGGUAAUUUUUUAUUUAAUGAUUAUUGUUCCUAGCAUACUGCGCUACUACCGCUUGCUGUGUGCAGUGUAUUGUGAUGUAACAGAUAUUGAUACUACGGAGUAUUUCCACAAAGUGCCUUCUGUGAAAUACCCAUCAGGGGUACUAUCGACCCCGGGCUCAUACCCAUAAGACCCCUCUCCUUUGAUCGACAGAUGAUGUCACACUGUGGACACCCUUGAAAUGUGCGAAGGCGUUUGUAAGCCACACCAGUCCACUUCACACCCGGGCCUAAAUAUAUACCACGGUAGAUUGGUGCAAAUCUCCCGUGAUAUCCCCCUGGGAUGGCCCGCUCAGGGGAAACCUAACCAGAGGAGACUCAUCCAGGGCUGUGGGAAAACGCCUUCUACUACUGGCAUACUGCUGGGGGGUGUAGAAGGCCAAGAGGGUCCAUGAUGUCCCCAAAGACGUUUACGGUCUUAAGGCUUCUCAAGGACCUCCUCAAUGCCAAUGGUGGUUAAGAUGGGUUUCUCAAGGGGCACUAUGCUUUAGGGAAAUACCAACAAAAGUACAAGAUUAAAAACUUUGCCAAAGUUAUCAAAGCUUGGUUAAAUAAAUAUCUAUUAAUUAUGAUAUUAAAAGUUGAGUCAUGUUAAAGUCAUCUUAUUCAUACCUACCUUGUCUUGAACAAAUGCCUGGCAUCGUAAGAAAGAUUUGUUCAUAGGUAGACAAUAUAUUUCAAAGAUAAUAUAAUAUAUUUAAAUCUUUCACCACAUUCUAACCACAUUUGAUCCACAUUCAACCUGUUGUUCAAGACACCUCUUUGUUGAGUAUGUCCAUGAACGACGCCUGCUGAGAUAUCAUUGAACAUCGACUGUCAUGACCGUCAUGACCUUGAACUUUAAACAUUCCCCUUCCACCACCAACAGCCGAGCUUACCCUCACAUCUGACCUGUCGACAGCUGUUAAUGUUUCACACAUACCUAAGGGGAUUCAAUUGUCCCGCGUAGGUGUGUCACAUGAGCAGCGUGUUGGCCACGCUGCUGCCGCACUUUACCGGAGCGAAACCUCUCCGCAAUGUUUCCAUCCGCUAAAAAUACCAGCCCGCUGGCAAGCCAGUUAUCUAGACAUCCAUCCGUCCGAGCCAGCCAACCAGAUAGAGUGUCAGGGCAGCGGGGCUAUACCCCUGCAGGCUGGUUUGGACCAUGAGCAGUUUGAACGUUCUGAUCUUGGGGAGGCCACGCAAGUCUCUCAAACUCGAAUAACCGCAAAGAAUUCAAAGAAAAGUUUCUGUUGAAAUAUUUCACUCCGGAUAUCAGGGAGGAUUCUCCCCCAGUGUGGAGGAGGUUGAUUUCCAACAGCCUAAGGGAUUACUGUGUUUGUUGCUUGCUCCAGAGGCUCCUUCAAUAAGAAGGGCGCCGACAGGGGAAGACUCACCACGAAUCAUCCAGCGUCCUCGUAAAGAGGAUUCUCAAACGUACUUUCUUUUCACCUCUGUGUCCUCCUGAGAAUGCCUUGCUCAGAGGCGGCGCGUCCUGGAUUGUGACAGUCCACCGUUGGCAACUGCACCGGCCCCGUUCAACUACAUGUGGGCUCAGCCAGAGGUUCUGGCCCCGUCGACGCUCAGCCAGUACCAUCGCAUCCGACCGCCCUGCCCGCCGCUGUGCUACCCCCACCUGGUCAACUGGACAUGGCCGCUCCCUGCCUCCCAUGAGAUGGCGGACUGCUGAAUGUUGUCAUCAGAAGGAGCAAACAAACUGGCGGUGUAACAAAUGACUAUUUAUGCUUGGGUUUUUCAAGGGUCCAUUUGUUGAAUCAUUUAUUUUUUCUUGCACAAUAUUGCACUAUUUUUGUUUUUGUUGUUCGGUUUCGUCCAGCCAAUAAAUCGAACUUUGUGGUCUAAACUUCAGACUGAAGAAGACCCUCCAAGGGCUUUUCUACGCAUUUUUUGGAGGGUUUAUUUAACUUGUGUGGACAGUUCAAUGAGAGAGCUACUCCCCCUCCCCAUCCGGAGGCACAGAGAGAGGCUCAGCAGCCUCCCUCCUGCACCCUCCUCGUCCCCCUUCCCCAUCACCUCCUUCUCCAUCCACACCUCCAAGAAGUUCCCUUUUGUCCAUGUGGUGAAAUGUUGCAGGUAUGAGGCUGAGAAUGCCUUCUACUCCAGCCUGAAGUUGACAGACUUCAACAUCAUCGAUACUCUUGGAGUUGGAGGCUUUGGACGUGUAGAACUGGUGCAGCUGAAGAACGAGGAGGCCAAGACCUUUGCCAUGAAGAUCCUGAAGAAGCGCCAUAUCGUGGACACGAGGCAGCAGGAGCACAUCCGGUCGGAGAAACACAUCAUGACCGACGCUCACUCCGACUUCAUCGUCAGGUUGUACCGGUCGUUUAAAGACAGUAAAUAUCUGUACAUGCUGAUGGAGGCCUGUCUGGGUGGAGAGCUGUGGACGAUACUGAGAGACAGGGGGUCGUUUGAGGACGUCACCACCAGGUUCUACACAGCGUGCGUGGUGGAGGCAUUUGCCUACCUGCACACUAAAGGCAUCAUCUACAGAGACCUGAAGCCUGAGAACCUCAUCCUGGACAGCAGGGGCUACGCCAAGCUUGUGGACUUCGGUUUCGCUAAGAAGAUCGGUUUCGGUAAGAAGACGUGGACGUUCUGCGGGACGCCGGAGUACGUGGCCCCGGAGAUCAUCCUGAACAAGGGCCACGACAUCUCGGCAGACUACUGGUCCCUCGGCAUCCUCAUGUAUGAGCUGCUGACCGGCAGCCCUCCCUUCUCGGGUCCUGACCCCAUGAAGACCUACAACAUCAUCCUGAGGGGCAUUGACAUGGUGGAGUUCCCCAAGAAGAUCACAAAGAACGCUGCCAACCUCAUCAAGAAGCUCUGCCGAGACAGUCCAUCGGAACGCCUUGGAAACUUGAAAAAUGGAGUGAAAGACAUUCAGAAGCACAAGUGGUUUGAAGGCUUUAACUGGGAGGGGCUGAGGAAGGGGGCUCUGACCCCUCCUAUCAUCCCUGAUGUCACUUCACCAACAGACACCAGUAACUUUGACAGUUUCCCUGAAGACACAGAUGACCCCCCACCUGACGACAACUCUGGGUGGGACACUGACUUUUAGGAAGCCUCUUGGCCUUAGUUCCUCUUGUUUUUUCUUGUGCACACAUACAAACACACACACACACACACACACACACACACACACACACACACACACACACACACACA